CCCCAGGACCAGAACACACACAAACAAAAACAACAGAAUGAAUUACUAAGGAAGACUGUGACAGAGGGAGACAAAAGCCUUGUACUUUGCGGGCUUUACCCCAUUCCUCACAUUACAACCAUUUCUCUCAUUAUCUCAAUUCUGUUCAUUUUCUAAAUUGACAGCUAGAAGUAUUUACGUGACUUUGCUGCAAACUAAUCAAAAAAUCUUCCUAUGACCUGUUUUCUAAGCAAAGUCUAGUGGAUGAGUUAGACUGUAUCAGCAUUUAUCAUCCAUUUCAUAGUAUGGCAUGCAUUUUUUGUUGGUUUUCAUUUACAGAUCCUGUCUCAUAACUCCCUCAAGGCAAGCAAUGAAAAAACAGGUAUUUUUCUUUCCCUAAGGCAGGUCACAAAAGCAUAACUUUCUUUGCCUUUAGCUAGCUAUUAAGAAAUGUUCUGACCUAGCCUUGUCUAAUACUAGGUCAUAAGACCCUCAUUCCAGAGGAGUCUUGCCCCUCUGAGGAAGGAAUGCUGAAAAAUCUGAACAGACAGGCUUUGCUGGGUUUCCCCACACAAUAUUUCAGCAAUUGUGCCUAUGCAACCAAAUCUUCAUAAAUACCAAAAGGACAGAGUUCACAGAGCUUCUGGACAGUUGAACAUGUGGAGCCUUGAAGGAAUGUGAACAAGGAUUCAUCCGAAGACCGGGAAGGUAGCACAUCCCAACUCCACAGGAACAGCAGCUUUGCACGGGAGACCCUUCCAGUUCUGCUCCAUAUGCCUCUUCAUCUAACAGUUUAUUUGUUCCUUCCCAGGAACCAACAAGUAUCUCCAAGUUUCCUCUUUGAUGACACCUACUGGAUCUGCUGUGGGGGUCUGUAAAUGCAGGAGAGCUGUCGGAUAAUUAGUGAUGGAAGAAAAAACCUCAAACAGAACAGCAACCGUACCCCAGUUUACCAAUUCCCCCACGAUGGUGAUCAUGGUGGGUUUACCAGCUCGAGGCAAGACGUACAUCUCCACAAAGCUCACGCGAUACCUAAACUGGAUAGGAACACCAACUAAAGUGUUUAAUUUAGGCCAAUAUCGACGAGAGGCAGUGAGCUACAGGAACUACGAAUUCUUUCUCCCAGACAACAUGGAGGCCCUACUUAUCAGGAAGCAGUGUGCCAUAGCAGCUCUGAAGGAUGUCCAUAAUUACCUCAGCCAUGAGGAAGGUCACGUUGCGGUUUUCGAUGCUACCAACACUACCAGAGAACGACGGUCACUAAUUCUGCAGUUUGCUAAAGAACAUGGUUAUAAGGUCUUCUUCAUUGAGUCAAUUUGUAAUGACCCGGACAUCAUUGCAGAAAACAUCAAGCAAGUGAAACUUGGCAGCCCUGAUUACAUAGACUGUGACCAAGAAAAUGUUUUGGAAGACUUUAUAAAAAGAAUUGAGUGCUAUGAAGUCAACUACCAACCCCUGGAUGAUGAAUUGGACAGCCACCUGUCCUACAUCAAGAUCUUCGACGUGGGCACACGCUACAUGGUAAAUCGAGUUCAGGACCACGUUCAGAGUCGCACAGUGUACUACCUCAUGAACAUCCACGUCACCCCACGCUCUAUCUACCUGAGCCGGCAUGGCGAGAGUGAACUCAACCUCAGAGGCCGCAUCGGAGGUGACUCUGGACUCUCAGCUCGGGGCAAGCAGUAUGCCUAUGCCCUUGCCAACUUCAUUCAGUCCCAGAACAUCAGUUCCCUGAAGGUGUGGACCAGCCACAUGAAGAGGACCAUCCAGACAGCAGAGGCCCUCGGUGUUCCAUAUGAACAGUGGAAGGCCCUGAAUGAGAUUGAUGCGGGUGUCUGUGAAGAGAUGACUUAUGAAGAAAUCCAGGAACACUAUCCUGAAGAAUUUGCACUACGGGACCAAGAUAAAUAUCGCUACCGCUAUCCCAAGGGAGAGUCCUAUGAGGAUCUGGUUCAGCGUCUGGAGCCAGUUAUAAUGGAGCUAGAGCGACAGGAGAAUGUUUUGGUGAUCUGCCACCAGGCUGUCAUGCGGUGUCUCCUGGCCUACUUUCUGGAUAAAAGUUCAGAUGAGCUGCCCUAUCUCAAGUGCCCUCUGCACACAGUUCUCAAACUCACACCUGUGGCUUAUGGCUGUAAAGUGGAGCCCAUCUACCUGAACGUCGAGGCUGUGAACACACACCGGGAGAAGCCAGAGAAUGUGGACAUCACCCGAGAACCCAAGGAAGCCCUGGAUACCGUCCCUGCCCAUUACUGAGCCUUUUCCAAGAGUUCAAACUGUCUCUGUGCUCACUGCCUUCUGCCUGUAGGAACAGCUGUACCUGCCCUUCUCCUGAAACCACUCUGGCCUUGGCCUCGAUGAGAGAGCCCCUGCUAUAAUGCACAAGUCCUCAGCAAUAUCCAGACUCAAUUCCUAGGUACAACUACAAAGCCUACCUAGCUCUAGAUCAAACACUCUUAAUUCCUAUUUUCUGAUGAAUAAAGACUUCUUACUGCCUGU